AUGACUCCGGAACCAAUGUCUCUCUCACAAGCUUCCAUCGAGAGCAGCGACGACGACAGCGACUCGUUGAGCUCAAGCUUAACAUCAUCGGAUGCUCUCCCCAGCUUCCGCUUCAACGAACUCCCCCCAGAGAUCCGACACCAGAUCUGGCGAGCCGUCGUCCCCUCGGCAGGCAUCAACUUCUUCAACGUCCACUGCUUCCCCAACGACCACCCGGGCACGAAUCGCAGCACCUCUCCCCCGCGACUAUACCUCGACCUGCGACGGCUCGAUAUUGGCGACGACGACGAGACGGUAUCACAGUACGAUCCUUCGGCAUGGCAAUCGAGAAGUAUACUCAGUCGCACCUGCCACGAGGCCCGCACCCUAUGCGCCAUACCCGAAUCCAAAGUCGCCAUCAUCACGGUCACCCGUCCGAGGCGCGGACUGUUCAUCCGGGCAGGCGACGGCCAGCUACGGAAGCUCACACCGCUGAACGACCCACGGAUCAAAUUAUCAUAUAGCGAACUAUCACACGAGCAAGAACUCGUCAAGCCCGAACCGCAGAUCAGCCGCAAGAUCCAGGUCCACGCAGACGACAUCCUGUGCCUCUCGCUCGAGAACUGCAGCUUCAACCUGCCCAACGCCGAACACCCCCUCAUGCGCGACGACCUGGACGACAGCCGAUACCUCACAUACGACUAUGACAACGACGAGGACAUGGGCUGGGUCUUCGACCCGAUCCUGAAGCCGUGCCUGCCGUCCGUGAUCCCCAUCGACCGGUAUUGCGUCAGCAUGGCGCGCAGCAGCCGCCCGACGCUGAGCUCCGUGCGCGACGUCGUCGCCGGCCUGCUGUACAUGUGGGCGCCGUCGACGCAGUGGGAGGAGAAGCAGGAGCUGCUGCUCAUCAUGUUCGACGCCGCCACGCAGGAACCUGGCGAGCGGGGCCUGGACGAGCUCACCCCCGCCGGCGAGGUCUUCUGGGACCGCUUCGGCGACUGCUACGUGCCGCUACCGUGGGACUCUACCUUGUUACGGGCCAAGUACCGUCUCACCAAGGUCUGGCCCGAGACGAACGAUAUCCGGGACCGCUAUCUGAGAUCGGCGCUUCUGCAGUCGCCCAAGAGACCAGCCUCCUCUUUCUAG